AUGGUCAAUUGGAACCCAUUUACCACCUGCGCGUUUGAUCCCUCGCUGGCCCCCGGCGGCUUCACAAACCAUGGCGCAUUCUACCCAGAACCACAAGGUCGUGGUACUGUAGGCCUGGUGUGGAGUUGUGUGAUCACUUUCGGCAUUUGUGUCUGGACCACAGUACAUCCGAAUAUCCUUCCGCUAGGCUCGACGUCAAAGACUCGGAGAGUGUAUAAGUUGAUAUUGAUGUUUUUGGCGGCGUUUGUUCCAGAGAUUAUCAUGAUGUGCUCCUAUUCCGAGUGGCGCAAGGCGGGAAAGAUCCACAGGAGUUGGUGCAAGAAGUUUAAUAUCAAGCCGGGCAGCAAACAGGAUCGGAUGGGAAUGCAGGGAGCAUUCUUUGUACUGAUGGGGGGGUUUACCGUCUGGGAAUUCGAGAUAGAUGAGGAUGAGAGCUUAGGAGGAGUGGGAGGAGGUAGUGGUGGCCGCACUUAUUACACAUCCACCUUGACAGCCCGGGGGUUCAAGCACUUUGUCGAAUCUGGGCAGAUCGCCGAAGACGCAUUCGACAAGAGGAACAUCAUUGAUAAAGGCAAAGCCAGUAACCUUGCCAAGAUGCUCGUGUUUGUCCAGACCACGUGGUUCGCCGUGCAGUGCAUCGCGCGCAAGGUCUCCUGUCUGCCACUCACCCUGAUAGAGCUUCAUGUCGCCAUCCAGGUCGCCUGCGCAGUCGUCUCAUCCCUCUUCUGGUGGUACAAACCACUCGACGUCGACCAGCCCAUCAAGAUCACCGUCGACAGAUACCAACAACUCGAAUGGCCGUCACCCGAGGCCGAGAGCAGCAAGUUCUCCAAAUACAAAGUCGUCACCGAGCGCACGCGAUGCGGCUUCCUCCGCACGCUGUGCCGCGCCCUCUAUGACCUCCUCUGCAACGGCAGCGGCCCCGGAAAGAACAUGGUCGUGAUGGGGCUCCUCAUCCUCUUCAACGGCGCCUGUCACCUCUUUGCAUGGAACAACUACUUCCCCAGCACCAUCGAAUGGUAUCUCUGGAUUGUCUCGGCUCUGGCCGUCUGUGGUGGGGCUCUGCUCUAUGCGGUCGUCCUUGGCAUGAGUUGCUACGAGAACCGCUUUAUAUGCGCGAUAUGGGAGCUGCGCUUCUACGGGAAGCGCAGGAGCCUCGAGGGCCAUCUGUGGACACGCCUCACAUGGGAGCGGGAGCAGAUCUGCGGCGGCAAGAUGGAGGACUCGCAUGAGGCACUGGGCUAUGAGAGUGCGGCGGAUACGCUUCCGUCCCAUAACUCCGUCCUGGAUAAUUACAGCAUGCUGGAGAAGACCACAAACUCAAAGUGGAAGUAUGUGAUGGAGCGCAUCCUGUUUGAUCUCUCGUGGCUGCUGGCGGCGGGGUACUUUUUGUGUAUUGGGUACUUGACGGUGGAGAGCUUUUUGAGCCUCAGGGACCUGCCGAAGGGGUCGUAUUUGACGCCGGGGUGGAUCGAUUAUUGGCCGCAUUAG